CAAUAGCCACGGCCUGACUGCCUGAUUUCUGAUGUCUCGCAACUUCCGCUUUUAAUAAAACAAUGUUGAAUAUGCACUGGCAAAAAGCCCGUGAUACUUUGAGGCAGUGGAGAGAUGACAAUUUGAGAUCUUCUGAAGAAAUAGUUGAAAUAUGGCAAGAUGUCUUAGUAAAUUAUGUACACAAGCUUGGUGAUGAAAAAUGGCUGGUGUAUGAACAAGUAUGCUUAGCAGCAUUAGAUUGUCACAGAUUGGACAUAGCCCAGGAAUGUCUUCAAGCUCUGGAUGCGCAGUUUCCUGGAAGCCUACGUGUCAGGAAAUUAAGAGCAAUGGAAUUUGAAGCACUGGACCGCUACGAAGAUGCAUUGAAGCUAUAUGAAUCUAUUCUUCAGCAUGAUGAAUCUAAUUCUGUGAUUUACAAAAGAAAAGUUGCUGUUCUGAAAGCUCAAAAUAAAAUUCCUGAAGCAAUUAAAGAACUAAGUGAUUAUUUAAAAAAGUUUAUGAGUGAUCAUGAAGCAUGGAUGGAGUUAUCAGAAUUGUAUUUGAAAGAGCAAGAUUAUAACAAAGCUGCAUUCUGUGUAGAAGAACUUAUUCUUUAUAAUCCUCACAAUCAUUUGUAUCAUCAAAAAUAUGCUGAAAUCCAGUUUACUAUUGGUGGAUUUGAAAAUAUGGAAUUAGCAAGAGCUUAUUUUGCCCAGUCGAUCAAAUUGAAUCCACGGAACAUGAGAUCUUUGUAUGGCUUCUUUUUGUCGGCAAGUAAUGUGGCAGCAUCCCCAAAGUGUUCUGCACUUAAGAAAAAAGAAAACUUGAAAUUUGCUGCUUGGGCUGGACUUAAAAUUAGCACAAGAUACCAGGACCAGUUAUGUGAUGAUUCACAAGUGAAAUCUGUGCAAGGAAUGCUGGGAUUAUUAUCUCUUAAUCCUACAACUUAAAGAUUUUUAUAUUUAUUAUUGAAAUUAUGUAAUAUAUAUUGUUUUUUUUUAUUAUUAUUAUUCUAUUAAAAAUUAUAUAUACAUGA